CGGUCCUGGCCCGCUAGCGCAACCCCGAGUCGGGCCUCCGAGAGCAGCCUCAGGAGCAGCCUCAGCCGCAGCCGCAGCCGCAGCCGCAGCCGCAGCCGCAGCCGCAGCCGCAGCCAUGGAGACAGACGCGGACACAACGGGGCUCUUCGGCGGCGGCAACAAGGACGACAAGGUCAACAUCUGCGAGUAUGUCGCGCUUAACCACUCUCUCUUGGGCAUGGUCUUCCAGAAAGGCAAGGUACGCGACCAGGUCGCGCUCUUCGGCUUCGUGACUUCGCUGGCCGUCGCGACAGGCAUGGUGACUGCCGAGUACGUCGGCAUUGACGACUGGAAGAGCCAGGCCGCCAGCCUCGCCUUGACCCUCCUCGUCGUGACGCCUGCCACGUUCUGCUUCAAGUGCUUUCAAGGCUUCUUCUCUGGGAUGAAGUGCCUGUAUGAGCUGGCCACCCUCCUCUUCGCUGGCGGCACCGUCUACUGGGCUGCAACCAGGCCGCGCGCGGCCGACGCAGGCUACCAGGCGGUCUACGGCCUCACUGCUGCCUGGAUAGUUGAGGCGCCCUCGCACAUCUUCAAGUACUUAUACUGCGCGGCGUUUUGCCCCUGCUGCAUGCCCAAGAAGGGCAAGCUGAACUCGGUGUCAGACAUUGCGCGCGAAUACACGGGCGCCCCAGAGCUGCACGUUGACAUCGAGCGAUGAGAGAUCGAUCGCUGCCGCGACUGCCCAUGCUGUAGCGCGGUGGGCACGUCGCCGCACACUCAUUCAUGUUUAGCCGCUUUCGCAUUGCCGGGCCCCUCUGUGGCGUCUAGUGGCGGGCCGUGGGUGGUAUUCGUCGGUCGGUGUAAAGCCGCAAUGGAGUACGUACUCGGUGUAGAAAGCCGUCUGUACUGUCUGCUGUGUACUGUCUGUCCGUCGCGCCCUCAGCCUCACUCACUCAGUCACACUCGUCAAGCCAACGACACGUCAGUCCAUGUGACGAGACAUAUCAUAAUCAUAAACGAAAGUGAAAAGACAAA